UUUUGAUAAAAACUUUUAAAAAAUAUAUCAAAUUAAAGGUGAAUAGUAAUGAAAAGUCUAUGUGUAGAUGUGUCUAUGUGUAUCUCUUUAAUCUAAUUGUAUUUUUUAAAACAGCUUUCAGUGCACAACAAUUACCAUCUGGCUUUUUGGUUAAAGAUUUCCAAAAAGAAAACUGUAGCACUAUAAUUCUUAAUAGUCAACACUUCAAUUUACAACAGAUUCCAAUUAUUGAUGGCCAGCAGCAAGUGCUGAAUAAUACAGUAUCGACCAAUGAAACAGGUAAAAGGCAUAUCUCAAUUUCGUAAUGACAGAAUUUAUUUUUAUGAGAUUUAUUCACAAUAUUUUUUUAUCGGUAUUGUACUUCAUGCACCAAAAGAGGAACUCUCUAUUGCGGAGGAUAUUUCUUUACAAAGCGAUGAUGGACACGGUAUGGAUAUUGAAACAAAUAAUGCAUCUGGUUGUAUAGAUGAAAAUGUUGAUGGUGAAUAUGAACGUAAUGACAAUGACAAUAAUGAAAAUGACAUUUAUAUGAAUAAUGAAAAUGAAGAGUUUUGUGCUCCUCAUAAUCACGAAAAUGAAGCUCAUAUUUUGCUGAAUUUAGAGCAACAGACUCACAAUAUAAAUAAUUGUUGUCUUUCUUGUCGAAAAAUACUCUUAAUGCUGCUUAAAAAAAAUGGAUAAUCUGUUAAUAAUGAAAAAUGGGCCACAACAAAAUAAUGAAAACAAUCCACAAAAUGAACAAACAUUUGAUCAACUUCAAAUGUUACCGAUAAAUGAAAUUGAACAAUUGCUUUUAUUCGACCAAAAGUUGCUAGAUCCUCUCCACCAUCAGAUGAGAUCACAAUUUGUAAUAAAUUAUUUUUUUAAGUAAUGGAACUAUUUUGUAUGUUCUAAUUCUGUUUACAAAUUUAAACAA